UUAGCUACACCAAAUAAGCUGCGGAGUUAGAAAACUGGGACCACAUUCACAGAUACGACUUCACUGCAGGACAUUCACUCGGAGAAAGAAGUCAUUCAGAACAAAGGCCACAUGUUUGGUAUCUGGAAGCGGUAUUGAUUGGGUGCAGAGGAAAUGGGGCAGAAACAGUCCCAACAGCCGUCUCCCAAGGACAGCCAAGAGGUUCUCAGCGUCUGUGAGGUGUUCAGUGGAGCUAUCGCGCAUGCCGCUCAGAAACUGGAGGAGUUCCUUGGAUUUGAAGACCCUCUGAGCAAUCUGAGCCCGGCUCCAGACACUCUGAAUGAGAUCUUCUUAAUCCACUUCGUCACUUUCUGCCAAGAAAAGGGCGUGGAUGAGUGGCUCACCACCACCAAGAUGACCAAGCACCAAGCCUUCCUGUUUGGGGCCGAUUGGAUUUGGACCUUUUGGGGAUCUGAUAAGCAGAUAAGGCUCCAGCUGGCGGUACAGACUCUGCCUAUGUCUUCUCUUCCUCCUGUUGCGUCUAAGCCUUGUGAGUCCUCCAAUCCAGAAUCCAGGGCAGAGUCUUCCCGGAAGAGCAGAUUUGAAAAGCUAGACGAAUUCUGUAGCUUGAUAGGAGAGGAUUGUCUGGGCCUGUUUCUCAUCUUUGGGGUGCCAGGAAAACCUAAAGACAUCAGAGGGGUUGUCCUGGACAGCGUCAAAAGGGAGAUGGCCAGGGGCCGUUUGCCAGGAGGGAAGGCUGUGGCACAAUUUGUUCUGCAAACGAAAGACUGUGUCUCCGUUAGGGAGCUGCUUGGAAACUGUCUGAGUAAGAAAGAUGGGCUGCGAGAGGUGGGUAAGGCAUAUAUUAGUGUCCUCUGAAUUGGGUUUGUGUGAUGAGACUGGCCUGUGAGAUGAAAAGGAAAAGAUAUUUUCUCCUAGUAAGCAAGCUCUUCCACUUGCAUCAUCCCAGCAUGUAAUUCCCCUUCCCUCUCCCACAUUGAAUGAAAUGAUCACCUGGACAAAACAUAUUAGUGUCAUGAUUAUGGAUGGAGAUUUCCAUGUUGUUGGGAAAACUGACAAUUGAGAUUACUCUUUCAUUUAUUUACUCAAUAAUAAAAAUGGGAGGAGAGAACAAUAAAGUCACCCUUAACGUUUGA